ACCGUGGCACCGGUGUCCCCACCCCAAUCAGCGGGGCCCACCGGGCUUUAUCAGCCGCUGUCCGGGCAGUAUGGCUGCUCUCUCUGACCCAGGCCUCCGCCGAUACCCGUGGAUAAGUAGCUGCAGCGGCCGAAACGGGAACUCUGUCUCCGGCUGUGAUAAUGGCCAGGACUGGUUUCUGCGACUCCAAGCCCCUGCUGGACUUACACAAGAAGGCGGAUGAGAGGCGAGCCCCAUUAAGAACUUGGGCUAAUGCCUGUGGGCCUAUAGAUCGCUGGCAGCCUGUAGAAGUAGAGGAGUCCAGGAUGGCCCCUGUCAAAAUGGAGACCGAAUGCAGAUGGGAAAGGAGGUUAUCGACGCAAACGAGUGAAGACAUUAUCAUGGGGUUCCAUGAAGACAGUCGAACAUGCUCAGCUGGUAGUUUUCAGUCUUCUUUACAGACCAAUACACUGCCACUGACACACAGUGCAGCACGAACAAUCCACCUUCUAUCCUGUGUAGCAGAUGGGCAUAUAGAGGACCCUGUGCUGCUUCACCCUCUCGGGCUGCAGGGUCUUCACAGCCUACAGGCACUGGUGCCCAGCUUGCUGCGCCAUGAAGUGGAGAUGGCCCUGGAGAAGCUGGACCUCAUAUGGGACCGGACAUAUGCCUGGGACAUGUUCUUGGAUAUGAUGAGGACUCAAACACAAAACUCUUUUCCCAACGCUGACCUGCCCCGACAUUUCACUGAUGCCACUCGUGCUGUCCUGAUAGACUGGCUCAUUCAAGUUCAUGAGAUCAUGCAUUUUCAGGCAGAGACCCUCUACCUGGCCGUACACCUCCUCAACCGCUCCCUGCGUCAGAUCAAGGUAGCCACCGCCAACCUGCAGCUCCUAGGCAUGGUCUGCCUCUUCCUCGCUGCAAAGAAGGAAGAAUGUCUUCUCCCUGAGGUGUCUGGACUCUGCUACUUGAUGGACCACACUUACACUAAACAUCAGCUGCUGCGAAUGGAGCGUAAACUCCUCUGUACACUCAAGUUUGACUUGUCCUACUGUCCCCCUCUGCAUUUCCUCGUACUUCUUGCCUCUGUUGCUCGCUGCAGCACUAAGGUGGUGUGGAUGGCACGUUAUCUUCUGGAGCUGUCUCUCCUGGAGGGCCAGUGUGUGGUGUUUCUGCCCGUGCAGCUGGCAGGAGCAGCCCUCUGUUUGUCCCGCCAAGUUCUGCAGGAGCCCCUGACACCAGAAGGGGAGGCUGCCUGGUGUCUGGCCUCCAGCAUUCAUGUGGGCAGUGAGACCGACUUGCUGAGGAUCAUGCACAUUGUGGCCACUGCGGCAGCCAAGGCCCACACCCAAGACACCUGUGCCAGUUUUAUUAAAUUCUCCUCCCCAGAGACCAUGCAUGUCAGCAGACACCCAGGUCUAAAGAACGCCUCUGGUCUGCUGGGCAUAUGCACAUGACAUUCCCAACUCCUAGGAACUCAAUUAUAUCCCGAAGCUUCAAGGUAGAGAUACUAGAACAUCAUCGCUUGAGGGCUGUACUCCUGUAAGGCUGUACAUUCCUUGCUGUGGAUCCUGAGGAGUUGCCACGGAAAUGGUGAGGAAGAAGUGUGAAAGAUUUGAUGCUGAACACUGUUAAAGAAUUGCAUGCAUUUUGCAUGUAUGUGAAUUAGCCAACUCAGUGGCAUACCUGUUUUAUGAUCUUAUCUUGCAGCCAAUUUAGAAAAUAUUUGAAUUGUAUUGAUGUGGCCUUGUCUUGUCAUUUGUGAAGAGGGUGUCAAGUUAUUUCUAAAGUUUUAAUGUAAAAAUAAAGUAUUUGCUGCAAUAAUUAAAG